AUGGAUCGCACAGGAAUUCAAAACCUGUACGAGACAAGCAGAGAUAGGAAACAAAAAUUUGCCAAUCAACACCAUCAUUACACAGACUUUGGAGUGCUCCUAGGAUACUGGUUUGAUGAAAGGGCCCGGGCAGAAGCAGAGACUGAAAUUUUGUUGCAUAAACUGUCGAAAAAUCAGCUGGGAUUUCAAAAGCUUGACAGAUACCUCAUAACUUUGAAUAGACCCAUCCAGCUGACAAGAAACCUUGAUGGCUUCUUGCACCAUGGUGACAUCGUGAGAAUUAAAUGGUCGCAUGGACCAGAUGAAAGAAAAUAUUUUCUGGCAGCUUUGCCUUUCAGUAUUGGUAAUGAUGGAACAUUUGAUGAGCCUUGCCUGGCUACAGCCACAGAGGAUAGUAGAAUCGUUGCACGAUCUGCUUUCCAUGUUUUCAGAAAUGACAACAAAGUGCCGAAUCAUAUUCCUUUGACGUAUGGCGAGUGCAUAAUGUUUUGUACCACGGAUGGAACUGGUCAUAGACUUUUAGAAUGUGAACCAAAAUCUUUCUCGACCUUCGCCAGGAAGUCUGGACACAAUGAAGUGAAAUGGGUCAGGGAUUUAUCGGCGAGAUCUCUCUGGAAAGUUCAUCAUCGAGAAAAGCAAGACAGACGGAAAACUGAAGGCAAGUUCAUAUUAUCCAAUACUGAUGUAGUUAUUUGUCAUCUGGCUACUGGUCAGAAUCUAGCACUGGAGAGAGGAACGGAGAUGAACACAAUUAUGGGUAAAGAAAAGGAAAUUUCUGGCCAUAUUUACGAUGAUAGGUACAAGAAUGAAGAAAUAGAGAACAUAUGGCAGUUCGAAGCCCCAUUAAUAAAGCCUGAAGAUUACGGAGGACCCAUACAUCUGCCUCGGUGUAGUGCAUUAUGA